UUCAGAUAUUAAAUAUAUUGGCGUCUCCCGUUUAACCAAUGUCAGUACGAGUUGCGAUCGAAGAGUGAAUUUUAAUUUGCGCAGUGCUAUCCUGUUGUCCCAUUAUAAGGGUACAUACAGCUAAGAUGAAACUACUACUCUACGGGCUUUCCAUAGCCGUGAUAGUAACGGCUAAGCCUGAAUUAUACAGAGAAAAAGAAGACUUCCAAUAUUCUAGAAGCUCGUCAGAUGAAGGAACUAAAUCAGGAUACUACGAUGCUCAGAGAGGAAACAUGGGGGGCAAUUUUGAACGAGCCCACAACAUGGACACCUUAGCUCAGCAUCAGAUGGGUGGUCUAGUGAAUCAAGUGCAAGGAGAACUUGGUGACGGGUACAAAACAAGAACGGGAAGUGUAUUCACCGCUGCCAACUCUCAAGGCGUGUACGGACAGGGUCGGUAUGACCUGAGCAGUCUAGCAGGCCGCAACUUCCAAGAAGGUACCACUUUUCAUGAUUCUCAAUCGUACUUGUCAUCAGGGAGCCGGGCACACUCUUCCCAAUAUUCCGCUUUAAAUAAUGCCAGAUACAACAGCGAUAGCCUAUCACAUGGUGCUGGGACGGCUGGGUUUAACGGCUUCCAACAAUCUGACAAUUUACAAGCUCAAAAUUCAUUUGGCUCCAGGGGAUACGAACACGGAUCCGAGUCACAGCGCAGUUCCAAAUAUUACUUGCAAUCUGGUUAUAGCGGUAGCAAUGACUACGAAAGAUCAAAUCUAAAUCAACAGGCUUCUAGCAAUUUUGGAUCAUCAAACACGCAAAAUAGGUUGAUAAGUACCGUGCCAGUACGCAUUGUCGUGAGACCAGGAACUCGGGUUGCAAUACCUGUUGCUACACAGACACAACAGACUCAAAGUGGUUCACAUGUGGCUUCGUAUGACCAAAUUAACGCAAAUAAUGAAGCAGAAGUUUUAAGUUUGGGCGACCAUCAGUCUACUUUAAGACCAAAUGGUGAUGCUAAACACUACGAAUCCUCGUACAGCUAUCAUAAGGAAUGGGAAAAACAUGACACUAAGCCUGUAGCUGUCCCUGUGCCUUCACCUGUGUUUCCUAUUGCAAAGAAUAGUGAGCUAUAUGACGAAUCUCGAUUACAUCAUGGAUCAGAAUACACACAAAAUGCUGACUACAACAACUUAGCAACUAGUCAAGUUCGUCAACAGGCUGGAUACAACUCACAACACAGUGCAUCGAGCGAAAGUCGACACCAAGCAGAUUAUAUUGCCCAGCAACAUGCUGCUUCGUCUAACUUAAAUCAGCAACGUGUUGCUUCAUCUAACUUACAUUCUAACGCUUACACUCAAAGCGGCUACAAUUCCGAUGUUAAUUCGCAGUCUGCCAAUCUUAUUGGAGCCGUCAGUUCAAAACCUAAAAGCUAUCAGUCCUCUUAUUCUUACCACAAAUCAUGGGAAAGACAAGGCGAUCCUUAUGUAAUAAUACCUCCAUCGAACGGAGCAUAUGCUGGAGAAACAAAUCAAAGAUUAACAGACUUAUCUGGCUCACAAGGCGAGUAUUCAUCUCAUAAUUAUGGAUCUAGAAAAUCGCAUCAGACGUAUUCCAUUAAAGAUUGUGUCAUAGAAUGUGAUCCCAACAGUCACAUCCGUGUCGCAAGGUCUUACAACAGUGACCCUGCUCAAUUCGAAGAGCAAAACCAGAAUAUAAACAGUGAUCAAGAAUCAUGGGGACAACAAUCACAAAGUCAAUGGGAUCAACAAUAUCAAGAUGCUGGACAACAAGUUCAAAAAAAAUGGGAUAACUUAGAAGACUUAGGACAACAAACACAGAAUAAGUGGGAUCAGCUAUCUCAAGAUGCAGGACAGCAAGUUCAAAAUAAAUGGGAUAACUUAGAAGACCUAGGACAGCAAACACAGAAUAAGUGGGACCAAUUAUCUCAAGAUGCAGGACAGCAAGUUCAAAAUAAAUGGGAUAACUUAGAAGACCUAGGACAGCAAACACAGAAUAAGUGGGACCAAUUAUCUCAAGAUGCAGGACAGCAAGUUCAAAAUAAAUGGGAUAACUUAGAAGACCUAGGACAGCAAACACAGAAUAAAUGGGACUUUGGUCAGCAAACACAAACUACUGGCCAAGAAGUUGUAAAUGGAUGGAAUAAUUUAGAAUCUCAAAAGGUCGAAGAUCAACAAACACAAGAUAACUGGAAUACACAGACACAGACGCAGGAAGGACAUUCCAAACCUGUAGGAAUUGACGACGUAGGUCAGCAUGCUGAUACACCCGGGCAUGCAUCGGGAAAAAUAGAUCAGGAGCAACAAGUUUCGUUUGAAGGUACACAACAAACUGAACACAAACAUGAUCAUUUUUGGGAUAAAGUUUCUGUUUUUCAUCAAUCACAAGCAUCUGAUAAUCAAAUGACUCUUGAACAAACGUAUAACCAACAUAAACCACAAGAAGAAUCCCAAACUCUAGAUUUAAGUCAGCAAACUCAAGGCUUUGAAAUAGAACACCCACAAAUGUUUGAAAAUCAUAAUAGUUUCUAUCAAUCUAAUAAUUAUGAUAAAACACAAGAACAAACAUUUCAAACUUUUGAUCUAAGUCAACAAACAGAAGAUAAAAAACCAGAGCAACGAGUUUCGUUUGAUGAUUCUCAACAAAUUGAACGUAAGAAAAUUAGUUUUUGGGACAAAAUUUCUGAUUUUGAUCAAACACAAACAUUUGAUAGUCAAAAGACUGAUGAACAUACACUUGACCAAGAAAAAUCACGAGAACAGCCAUUUGAAACUUUAGAUUUAAGUCAACAAACGCAAAAUAACUGGGAUACACAAAAGCAAGACAACAACAACUUUGGUCAGUUUGAUCGCGCAUCAGGGCAUUCAUUAGGAAAACAAGAUCAGGAACAACAAGUUUCGUUUGAAGGUACACAACAGACUGAACAGAAACAUGGUAAUUUUUGGGAUAACGUGUCUAUUUUUCAACAAACACAAGCAUCUGAUAAUCAAAGGACUUACGAACAAACGCUUAACCAACAGAAACCACAAGAAGAAUCCCAAACUUUAGAUUUAGGUCAACAAUCUCAAGGUUUUGAAAUAGAACAAGCACAUCACUUUGACAAUCAAAAUGGUUUUGACAAAACUGAUUUGAAUCAGCAAACUCAAAGUUUUUGGAACCACUUUACUGAUAGUCAAACCACAGGUCAAACUAAUACACAAGAGCAUAAAAAUACGGGUUCAUUAAAUGGCUUAUGGGGGAAGCUAGACGAUCUGGACGGAGAUAUUUCCCCGUCAAGCGUAAAUUUUAACACACCUCAAGAUAGUGGGCUUUCAGAAACUUCAACUUCAGAACAUACACACAACUGGAACCAAGAAAGUUCAAUCAGUCAUGACACUUCCAGCAGAGUAGACGUAAAUGAACAAAAUGUUAAUCAUCAUCAUAAUACAUUUUACGAUAAGCGUAAUCCAUAUAAAGAUUUAGCUUCUGACGAAGUGGAAAAUGAUUUUCUAGUGGUUCCCACUUUAUCCCACAAACAUGAUAUAACAACUGAAAAAUCAAUUGAUGAAGAUAAUAUUAGACCUGUGGACUUUGGACGAGGAGAUAUAGGACCUGAUGGUGAUGAUAGUUUAAUAUACGUAACACAUUCUACUGCUGAAAAAACAAGUGUAGAUAACUUAAACCAUAAACAUACGACUGAAAAUUAUGAAGAUAGUGUAGAAAGGACAACAAAUGAAAAUAACUUAGAAAACUACAACAGGACCAGUGACAAGCCAUAUAAAAAAGACUUAAUACAUGUAUCAUAUUCUACUACUGAAGAAACAAGAGUAGAUAACUACGACCAUAAGUAUAUGACUGAAAAUUAUGACAAUACUGUAGAAAAAGCAACACAUGAAAAUAAUUUAGAAAGCUAUAGGCCCAGUGAUAAGCCAAGUAAAAAAGAUGUUAGUGUUGCAGAAGUUCCAGAAGAAUUUGAGCAACAAUUCGAAACACAAAACGUACAACAAGAAUAUCAAUUAAAUGAGCAUAAAUUUGAUAUCUCUAAUCAAAAUGCAUUUCAGCAGCAAAAUAGUGACCAAGAACAACAAAAUGCUGAAUUUAAACCUGAACAUUGGGAACAAUUUUCGAGUCAUAAAUAUGGUCAUAAAGACUAUGCAGAUCAACAAUUUGUAGACUUUAGUCAAACAAAUCAACAGUGGCAUUUUGAUCAACAAAAUGUUCAGCAACAGUUUCCUGAUGACUUUUACCAACAAAAUCAAGAUGCUCAAUUACAGAAUAGUCAUACUGAUUCUGAGCAGCAUAAUGUAGAAGAAUCGCCUUUGUCAAACUUUGGUCAAGAAACUGUAAAAUCGGAAUUUGAAAUUUUACCUGUAAAUGAGGAACAAGAGAAAAUUGUUAAAAAAGAUAAUAUUGAAGUUUUAGCUCAACAACCAAAUACAAAUAAUAUUCAAGAAAAAAGUUCAACUACAACUCCUCAAACUAUAACAGAAAAACCAGGUUUUUGGAAAUCUGUAGGUAAUAAGUUUGCUAGUGCCAAAGAUAAAGUAGCCUCUUGGUUUAAUUAAAAAUAUUGUCAGUAUAAAAUUUUUUUUAGAUUAUAAUAAAAUUAGGGAUAGACCAGAUAAAGGGAUAUUAAUAAUGCUUUAAUAAAUUGCUGAAAUGUAAAGAACUAUCAGGUGCAAUGAUUGCUAAUAGAUUUAGCUGUUUUAUGAAACAUAUUAAUAUGUAUUUUUAUGUGUGUAAAUAUAAAAUGUAGAAUAGAAUAGUUUAUUUCAAAAAAUAUGGUUACAAUAGUUCUUAUAAUGAAAAAGUUCCACAUAAUUCUGCCACAGUUCGUUGGCGUAUACUUUAAUAACUUUUAUGUAUUAAAAGUUAAAUUCUUAAUGUUGCAAGGACUAUCAAUGGCUCAUCUUUAGCAUCUUAUACAGUUACAACAGGAGCAUUUAACAACUAAAUGUGUCUGUUUAAUGUUCUUAACAAUUAUAUUAUUUUUUUACAUUUAUUGCAACGGAAAUGUGUACUUACUUCAGGUAAUGAAUGGAAGUAUUUUAUAAAUGCCUGCUGUUGAAUGGAAUCUGAAAUGUGAGAAACAAACUUAAACAUUAAUAGGUAAUGAUUACACAUGGCUAAUAUUGUUUUCAUAGUUUUGAGUGGAAUGAAAAGGUUUUGUAGUAUUGGUUGAAAUAAAUGAGUUUUUCCACUGAUUGAA